AUGGCGACGACGACGACAGCCACGGCCAUGCGGUCAAUUGGUCUUAAUCUAGCCCGUAUGAACCCUCCCAGCCAGGCUAUCAUGCGCCGGUCGUUCGUAACCUCGUCACGAUCCUUUGUCACUCGCGCCAGGCCUAGUAUCAAUAAGCACGACAGUCUACAGAAGAGCUUCCGCCGAGCAUACGCGGACGCGAAACCUGCUCUUGGUCCUGCGAAAAGGGCGAAAAGAUUCAGAUACUUCACCUAUCUUUGGAGACUUACUUAUCUGAGUGCUAUUGGAGGAGCUGCUUAUCUUGCUUAUGGCGUUUGGGACCUUAGACAUCCGGAUGACCAAUUCGAGCCCGAUCCUAAUAAGAAGAACCUCGUUAUUCUUGGUACCGGAUGGGGUGCAGUCUCUCUCCUCAAAAAGCUCGACACAGAGAAUUACAACGUUAUCGUCAUCUCACCAAGAAACUACUUCCUCUUCACACCUUUAUUGCCAUCAUGUACGACUGGAACAGUCGAACACAGGUCUAUUAUGGAACCUAUCCGCAGCAUAACGAGACAUAAGCAGGCGGCUGUCAAGUUCUACGAAGCCGAAGCAACUAAAAUCGACCCCGAACGGAAGACUGUUCUCAUCGACGAUAAUUCCGAUGUCAAAGGAGCAUCGAACAAGACCGAGGUCUCUUAUGACAUGCUUGUCGUUAGUGUUGGGGCUGAGAACGCUACAUUCGGUAUUCCUGGAGUAAAGGAGCACUCUUGUUUCUUAAAGGAGAUUGGUGACGCGCAACAAAUACGGAAGAAGAUUAUGGACUGCGUAGAGACGGCGACCUUUAAGGAUCAAUCCCCAGAAGAGGUGGAACGACUCCUUCAUAUGGUGGUGGUUGGCGGUGGCCCAACUGGUGUCGAGUUCGCUGGGGAGCUCCAGGAUUUUUUCGAUCAAGAUAUUAAGAAGUGGGUUCCAGAGAUUAGUGACAAGUUCAAGGUUACACUUAUCGAAGCGCUUCCCAACGUUCUUCCUAUGUUUUCCAAACAAUUGAUCGACUACACGGAAUCCACUUUCAAAGAAGAAAAAAUUACGAUCAAGACUAAGACUGCCGUCAAGAAGGUCACAGAUAAAACGGUGGAAGCCGAAGCCACUGGACCUGAUGGUAAGAAGACUACAGAGGUCAUGCCUUAUGGCUUGCUCGUUUGGGCGACCGGAAAUGCUGUUCGGCCUGUGGUCAAGGAUCUGAUGUCCCAGAUUCCGGCACAGAAAGAUUCCCGAAGAGGUUUGGCAGUCAACGAGUACUUAGUUGUCCAAGGAACUAAGGAUAUCUGGGCUACGGGCGAUUGUGCGGUCGCUGGAUAUGCGCCAACAGCGCAAGUCGCUUCCCAGGAAGGCGCCUUCCUUGCUAGACUUUUCAAUACCAUGGCGAAAAGCGAGGCUAUCGAGAAUCAGAUCCACGAAUUGAGCUCUAGCCUCAACUUGAAGCCUGGAGAUAGUGCGUCUGUUUCAAAGGAAAUCGAGGCUCAUGAGAAACAGUUACGAAGAAUUAAGGACAUCAAGCCAUUCCACUAUACUCAUCAAGGUUCAUUAGCUUAUAUUGGAAGUGAAAGAGCUGUGGCAGACGUCAGUUGGUUGAAUGGAAACUUUGCUACUGGCGGUGGAUUGACAUAUUUGUUUUGGAGAAGUGCAUACUUGAGCAUGUGCUUUAGCACACGUAAUCGUGUUCUCGUCGUUCUUGACUGGCUCAAGUCUAAAGCAUUCGGUCGAGACGUGUCCCGAGAAUAA